AUGUCGUCGGAUAAUUUGCCAUAUGCCGCUGAUGCGGAAAGCCCGUUAAAGGAAGCCGAGCUCGAGGUCCUCCGAAAACAAUACGAUCGAGAAGGACAAUACGUCAGCAUCCAGACGAAAUUUAACUACGCCUGGGGCCUCAUCAAGUCCGACAAGGCUAUUGACCAGCGAUACGGUAUCAAGUUGCUUACUGAAAUCUUCCGCGAUGCCCCCGAACGCCGUCGGGAAUGUCUUUACUAUCUCGCUUUGGGGAACUACAAGCUAGGAAAUUAUGCAGAGGCGAGGAAAUAUAACGAUUUAUUGCUGGAGAAGGAGAAUAAGAAUAUGCAGGCGAUGAGCUUGAAAGGACUGAUUGAAGAUCGAGUCGCUAAGGAGGGCAUGCUCGGUGUCGCGAUACUGAGCGGGGUGGUUAUUGCGGCCGGAGUGAUGGGCAGCUUUUUGUACAAAGGGUUAACGAAGCGGAGGUAA